AUGCUUGAUUCCUACAGGAUUGUACUGCAGUUAGGCUUCAGUCUGACUCGCGUUGUGCAUAAACGUGGAACCUCAGGGCAGAUAGCACAAGUGAUCCAAAUCGUGAAGGUGGUUCCUGUCAUUGCGGCUGAUGCUAAUGUUGAUCCGAUGUUCGGUGAUGGGAAACCACGUGUUAACACAUCUGCACCGAACGUAGCAUCGUACUUUAAGGAGCCAGGGACUGCUGAUGCCUACCUUAUUGGGCAGACAGUGGAGGCAAAUAGCGACUCUCUGUGCAGUGAGUGCGUGGCAUACGACACAGGUCAAACCAUGCAGGGCUACCUUGUUUGA